CCAAAAAAAAUUCCACCGCUUGCAGCCGCGCGUGCACAACCAUCCCUCCUCUCCUCCUCAUUUGUUCGAAACCAGUGGAAAUCUAGGGUUUCGACGGCUCGCGAGUGGAGGUCGCCAGGCUCGUCGCCCCGUCCUCGCCGGCGGGAGGGCCGGUCUCAUCCUCCCUCUCUUUCGCUCGUAGCCAUCGCUCUCUUCCACUGGUUCGCUCUCUCCGUCAAACCGUUUGGUUUCGCCGCCUCUCUCCGUUGAGCUCUCUGGUAAGGGCUAGAUUUUUCCCCGUGCACUACUCGAUCUGCUCCGGGCGGGCGAGCGACUUGGGGGAGGAUAUGGUGUUCUACUUCAAGGUGCGGCCCGAGGCCGGCGACUACACCAUCUUCAUGGGUCUCGACAAGUUCGAGAACGAGGACCUCAUCAAGUACGGCUUCCCCGAGGACAUCUGGUUCCAUGUAGAUAAGAUGUCCUCUGCACACGUGUAUUUGAGAUUAAAUAAAGGUCAGACAAUGGAUGACAUAAGUGAAGGUGUGCUUGAAGAUUGUGCCCAGCUUGUGAAAGCUAAUUCCAUUCAAGGUAAUAAGACUAAUAACAUUGAUGUGGUUUAUACACCAUGGUAUAAUCUAAAGAAGACUCCAUCCAUGGAUGUGGGUCAAGUUGGUUUUCACAACUCUAAAUUGGUUCGGAUUGUCAAAGUAGAAAAACGGAUUAAUGAGAUUGUGAACCGGCUGAAUAAGACAAAAGUGGAGCGCAAGCCUGACUUAAAGGCUGAAAGAGAAGCUGUGAGUGCAGCAGAAAAGGCAGAGAGAAAGGUGCAGCUUAGAGAUAAAAAACGUAGGGAAGAGAUGGAGAGGGUUGAGAAGGAGAAGCAGGCUGAAAUCAGGAGCUACAAGAACCUGAUGGUCCAAGAGAAGAUGACUUCCAACAAGCAGGUUGCAUCUGGUAGCAAGACCUUGGAAGAACUAGAGGAUGACUUCAUGUGAGAAGACAAAAUAACAAAUUCAUACUGCCAGGGUUCUCUAAACUGUGUUUCUGUCAAAGACAGGACAAGCAUCGCCGGGUUGCAAGCUUGGACAAGAUGAUUUCUGGGCAGGGCCGCCUUGACCUGUUAUGCUACAUACUCUAAUUGGCCUGCAUUGACCUUGUUUGAUGUGUUGAAACAAAGCAUUGUGUGAUCUAACUGUGGUUGAUGUAUUAUUGAUUAGUUAAUCAUCAACCUGAUACAAGAUAAUAAAACUCGCUUUCCUUGAUUUUUCGACAAUGAUGAAACGUAAGAAUUUUACCUAAGGUAUUCCAUUCUUUCCCUGUAGCAAACUUUGGGAAUACAGUACUGACCCAUGUGAAAUAUAACGGAUUUUGACUUUU